AUGAAUGUGUCCAAGAAAGAAAACACAAACUCUGUCACCCACUUCAUCCUCCUCUGCUUCCCCUCAAGUCCAGAAAGGCAGCUCCUCUAUUUUGGGCUCCUCUCAGCAGCCUACACUCUGACUCUCAUGGGGAACACAGCCAUCACCUGCGCUAUGAAGGGAGACCAGUGCCUUCACACGCCCAUGUACAUCUUCCUGGGGAAUUUCUCUCUUGUGGAAAUAUGCUAUGUCACCACAACUGUACCCAACUUACUGGCUAAUUUCAUCUCCACAACAAAAUCUAUCUCCUUUGUGAGCUGUUUUGCACAAUUCUACUUCUUCUUCUCCUUUGGGUGUGACGAAGGCUUUUUACUUAGCAUCCUGGCCUUCGACAGGUUCCUUGCCAUCUGCCGCCCUCUGCAUUAUCCACACAUCAUGACCAGACAGCUUUGCACUGGCCUUGUUGUCUUCGGAUGGUCCUGUGGGUUGAUCAUUUUCAUGACUCCCAUUGUUUUCAUUUCACAGUUACCCUACUGUGGCCCAAAUAUCAUUAACCAUUUUAUAUGUGAUCCUGUCCCCAUAAUGAUGCUGUCCUGUUCUGAGGACACCACCACCCAGUUCAUUUACUCUACUUUCAAUGCUACUGCCAUGAUUGGUACUUUCAUAUUUGUCCUUUGUUCCUAUGCACUGGUGAUUCUGGCUGUGCUGCGGAUGCCCUCCAAAGCCAGCAAAAGCAAGGCUUUCUCCACUUGUGCUUCUCAUCUGGCUGUGGUGUUUUUCUUUUUUGGCUCUAUUAUGGCGAUGUAUAGCAGCCCUGGAUCAACACACCCAGUUGAAGUGCAAAAAACUGUGACCUUAUUUUAUUCCGUGGUAACACCUCUCCUCAAUCCGCUCAUUUAUAGCCUGAGGAACGAGCAGAUGAAGGCUGCCCUAAGGAAAGUCUUUGGCUAUAAAAACCUGCUCACAAAACAUAAAUUAGAAAUUGUGGGAAGCUAA